UUUUAUUAACACGACAACAAUACAACAUUGAAUUUACCAAUUCUAUAACAUUCCUAAUUUAUUUUUCUACCGAUACCGGUUGGCGAUUACCAUUACUGGAACAGCGAGACACUGAACAGACUGGAUACCGACGUGAAGCUUGUGUAGGUGGCUGGUAAAAGAUUUCCGCAGAAAACUAAUUUGUGAAUUGUCGAUCAUCCCGGAGUUUCGAACAAAUACGAGACGCACGUGCCACUGCCAGAUAAUGAUUACAGACGUUCAAUUAGCUGUAUUUGCCAAUGUAUUGGGUGUCGGCUUAUUUCUCCUAGUUGUUCUCUACCAUUACGUGACGGCAAAUUUCCCAUCAAAAUAAUUUUUUAUUAAUAUCAAUAUGAAUUACAUUCCGGUGAGCUGCAAUAUUUAGCAAGAUGUUCAACUACGGGUUGGAUAUCAUUCCAUACUUAAAAUAAAAUGAAAUAAUACUCAAUUUUCAAUGUUGGAUUAUGAAUACUACAAACUACAUCCACCAAUUCAAUGUUAACAGAAAAUUAAUUUAAAUUAGAAUAAAAAUAUGCAGGGUCAUUCAAAUCACAGUAAUUUAAAAUUUAGAGUAUGAUUGAAUGGCCCUGCAUAUUAGUGUUUUUUUUUUUCACUAAUUCAUCAAUGCAAUAAUUCAUUUCAUAAAAAACAACAAUUUUUUUAUCAAAAUAAUAUAUUAUUUUCAUUUUUAAUAUUCUUUUUAUAAUUUUAUUUCCAUACAUUAAAUUAAAUAUAAUUUAUUUGUGUUUUAUUAUCAAAGCUAUAUAAUGAACACUAUUUUCUUAACUUAAAUUAAAUUAUUAAAUAUUUAUACUUUGUUCUAUUUUGCAAUUUGAUUAAUCAACUUUAUUGAAAUACAAAUUACAAUAUUAUCUGUUUUUAUAAUUCUAUUUAUUAAUAAAUCAUUAUUAACAAUGGCUAUGAGGCUUCUGUCUUCAAAAACUCCCAGUAUUCAGAAGGCAGAUAAUGUUAAGCAAAAUGUAUAUACAAAUUUAUAAAAUGAAAUAAAUUGUACCUCUGAUUAAACAAUAAAUUAAUGUAUUCUAAAAUUAUCAAAUUCUGGGGAAAUAAAAAUUACAAUAUAAUAUUUUGUCACUAUAACUUAAUUAAAUCUCUGCAGUCGACAACUA